UCUAAUAAUCUUACAAUGCUGGAGUAGUGAUAAGAGGAGGCAGGGCAAAAGCAGAUGUCCCAGCCAGUUUCUAACGAAGUGUGAUAUUUUUCAGGAAGCUGCCUAUACUUUGGAUAACCAAGUCAGUAUUGAUGUGAGGUUUGAUUAAAGUUUUAUCUCUGGAAAAUUGGUCAAUUCCACUUUCUGAGAGUUGAAGUGAUCGUGGAGAAGAGAAUUCAGAUUAUCAUUGUUAAUCAGGGGAUUCAUCAAAAACAAAGAAAAAGCAGCUCCUGUGGGUUGAUUGAGGACAGAAGAUUGGACUUCAAGAAGGUUAUUCACUUUCUGCUAAGGUGACUGCAAUCUGAGGCUUAUCGCCCAGGGAGACUGGUCACUUCUGUUGAGGUUCUCGCCAGACACGAUAUCCCAAUUCUGCAGCUAUGGGGCAGGCUUUGAGUAAUGAAAAUAAAGGGGAAAUUGGUGUUGCUGAGCUCCAAGACUUGUACAAGAAGUUUGUGACUGAAUGUCCCAGUGGAACACUUUUCUUUCAUGAAUUUAAGCGUUUUUUUGGAGUUUUAGACAAUGAAGAAGCAGCUGAAUAUAUCGAAAACAUGUUUCGGGCAUUUGAUAAAAAUGGGGACAACACUAUUGAUUUUUUGGAAUAUGUUGCGGCACUCAAUUUGGUUUUAAGAGGCAACCUGGAGCACAAAUUAAAAUGGACUUUCAAAGUUUAUGACAAAGAUGGAAACGGAUGCAUUGAUAAAACAGAACUGUUGGAGAUUGUGGAGUCCAUUUAUAGAUUAAAGAAGGCUUGCCAUCAAGAAUCAGAAGAAGAAUCUGUACUCUUAACUCCAGAAGAAGUUGUGGACAGAAUAUUUCAGUUAGUGGAUGAAAAUGGUGACGGUCACCUUUCCUUGGAUGAGUUUAUUGAUGGAGCACGGAGAGACAAGUGGGUGAUGAAAAUGUUGCAAAUGGAUAUGAAUCCAAGCAGCUGGAUGACUGAUCAGAGACGCAAAAGCGCUUUAUUUUAAACAUGUAUCAAUGUACGUGUAAAUAAGUAAAUGCAGGGGAGAAAGGGCACAGGCAGUGAUAUAACAUUACUUCCUUAUACCUACUUCACUUUGAAAAAUUGUACCAUAACCUUUCCCCAUAGAAUAUUUGUGACAAGCCUAAGAAAGUUAGAAUUUAAUUCUGCAUCUGUCAGAUAUGUGGCCUUUUUAGAAGCAUUUGGUUCCUUGACUAGAUGUUAUAUUUAGCCUUCUCAGAUACAACUCGAGAUCAAAUGGGACUUGAACUUGAAUCUUCUAGGCUGAAGGUAGGGAUAUUACCACUGUGCCACAAGACACAGUUCCCUCUAACUCUGUCACAUUUAAGGACAGUCAUCAGACCUGUGUCUGAUUAACUCUUGAUUGUCUUCGUACCAUACUAAUUGGUCAAUUUUAUUUGAAUUUUUAAUUUUAGCAGUAUCUUCCAACUUGAAAAAUAUUUAACCAGGACAAUAGAACAGUUAAAAAGAAAUAGGCUUCUAAUCAAUUAAUGUAAAACAGAUUGUGACUCUAAUGACUGGAGUUUAGAAUGAGAGGUGAGCUCAUUGAAACAUACAGGAUUCUUUCAUAGAAUCCCUACAGUGUGGAAGCACUUGGCAUAUUGAGUCCACACCAAUGCUCAAAAGAGCAUCCCAACCUGACUCACAUCCCUUGCCCUAUAACCCUGCAUUUCCCAUGACUAAUUCCACCUACUGUGCACAUCACUGGACACUAUGAGCAAUUUAGCAUGGCCAAGCCACCUAACCUGCACAGUUUUGGACUAUUGAAGGAAACUGGAGCACCCAAAGGAAACCGACGCAGACACGGACAGAAUGUGAAAACUCCACACAGACAGUCACCCAAGGCUGGAAUUCAACCCAGGUCCUUGGCACUGAGAGGCAAACACAGCCACCGUGUUGCAUUCUGAAGGAGUUUGAUGGGUUAAGUGCAGAGAGGAUGUCCUCAAGAGUAGCAAUCUCUUGAUCCCAUGCCACAUACUAGCAAAACUGGAGAGAGGAAGGAUCAAAGUGUGGCAAAACGUGGAACACAAAUGGACUUGAAGGCACCUGUGCACAAAACAUAGAAAGCUAGCACGCAGGUACAGCAGGUGAUAGAAUCCAUUCAGUGCAGAAGAGUCCAUUAUUCUGCAUUGACCCUCUGAAGAGCAGUGACCAUUCUAUCCCAUAUGCCUGCAUUUACCAUGUCCAAACCACCUUGCCUGCCCAUGCCCAAGGGCAAUUUAGCAUGGCCAACCCACCUAACAUGCACAUCUUUAGACUGUGUGGGACGAAACUGGAGCACCUGACAGAAACCCACGUAGAAACAGAGAAAACAUUCAAACUCCACAUAGACAAAGCUGGAAAUAAAUCUGGGUCCCUGGCACUGUGAAGCAACAGGGUUGGAGUAUAAGAGUGGGGAAGUCUUAUUUGCAACUGUCCAAAGUGUUGGUGAGCCUGCAUUUGGAGUACUGUGAACAGUUUCGGUCCCCUUAUUUAAGGAAAGACUUCACUUCAUCGGAGGCAGUUCAUCGAAGGUUCACUAGGAUGAUCCGUGGUGUGGAGGGAUUGUCUUAUAAGCAAAGGCUAAACUGGUUGGAACUCUACUCACUGGAGUUUAGAAGAAUGAGAGGUGAUCUUAUUGAAACAUGUCAGAUUUUUAAGGAGCUUGACAGGGUAAAUGCUAAGAGAAUGUUUACUGUUAUGGGAAAGUUUAAACCAGAGGGCAUAGUCUCAGGGUAAGGUGUGCCAAUUUAAGAAUGACAUGAAGAAUUUCUUCUAUCUGAGGCUUUUGAGUCUUGAUCCUUGCUGCACAGGGCUGUGGGAGGGAGUCCUUCUGUAUAUUUACAGCUGAGAUAGAUCCUUGAUCAGUAAGAACAUCAGGAGUUAUAGGAAAAAGGUCUUAAUGUUUUACUUAUGAUUUCGGAUGGAAAGAUAUGUUAAUCUCAACCUAUUUUCCAUGAAUCAAUAUGAAUGGUGGGGCAACUAAAUUGCUAUCUUCCUUCACCCCUCAUAAGCAAUUACUACAAUUGCAACUGUAAUUCCACAGUAUUAACCCGGUUGGAGUUGUGACGGUUUUAUGAAUAAAAAUGUACAUUUGUUUACAGAAUAAAUAAAUAAUACACUUUAUACCAAUGAA